AUGGCCCUCAAAUUUGAUAUUUCAAAAGCUUUUGACAAAGUUGAGUGGGGGUUUAUCAUUGCAGUGAUGAAGCGGAUGGGUUUCUCCGAGACAUGGUGCAGAUGGAUCCUCACGUGUAUGUCAACGGUUUCUUACUCGGUCUUGGUGAAUGGAGAACCCUCGAAGCCUAUUAUGCCCUCUAGAGGGAUAAGACAAGGUGAUCCUAUAUCACCUUACUUAUAUAUAAUUUGUACUGAAGGUUUAUCUUCCUUGAUAAAGAACAAUAUUAGAUCGAAGCAUCUCCAUGGAUACAAAGCAUCAAGAGGAGGUCCGGCUAUUUCCCAUUUAUUCUUUGCUGAUGACUCAUUGGUUUUUUGCAAAGAAUCGGAAAGUGAAUGUCAGGCCCUAAUGCAAGCGCUCAAGGAGUAUCAAAAGGCAUUAGGACAAGCGGUUAAUUUUGACAAAUCGGCUAUUACAUUUGCAAAAGGUAUUCCUCAAAACACUCAAGAAAACCUUAUGAAGAUAACAGGAAUAAAAAAGAUAGGAGGUUUUGGGAAAUAUCUAGGACUCCCUGAGAAAAUAGGUAGGAGGAGAAAGGAUGCUUUUGAGUACAUUAAGCAAAGAGUAAUGAAUAAGAUAGAUAGCUGGUACAAUAGAUUCCUAACUCCAGCAGGAAGAGAGGUGUUAUUGAAAGCAGUAAUUACGGCAUUGCCAACUUAUGCAAUGUCUUGUUUCCUUCUUCCGAAGGGGCUGCUAAAUGAAAUUACCACUAGUAUGAGGAAUUUUUGGUGGUCGGGGCAGAAAGAUAGACAAAAAAUUCCUUGGAUUAGUUGGAAAAAGAUCACUGCCUCAAAACGAGAAGGGGAGUUAGGAAUAAGAGAUAUGGAGAUGUUUAAUCUAGCUCUGUUAGCUAAGCAGGGGUGGAGAAUCAUUAAAAAUCCUUCUUCCUUAAUGGCCAGAGUAAUGAAAGCUAAAUAUUUCAGGCAUACAGAUUUCUUACAAGCUCCCAACUAUAAAACAUCAAGCUACGCUUGGCGCAGCAUACUACAAUCAAGAGAUUUACUCCAGCAAGGAAUCAAAUGGAUAGUGGGAGAUGGAAGGAGAAUAAGAGUAUGGGAGGAUAGAUGGAUUCACACUCAACCUGCUAGGCCAGCUUUAGGAUCAGGUAUGGAUACUCUCCCGCUUUUAAAGGUUCAUGAUCUGAUGAUUGAAGGAACUAAGAAUUGGAACGAGCAGUUUAUUAAGAGCAUCAUAAGAGAAGAGGAUGCUCGUUAUAUUCUCAAUACAAGAGUGGGUUCAAUAACAUGUCAGGAUACUCCAGUGUGGAACUUCACAAGAACAGGGGAGUACACUGUCAGGUCAGGUUACCAUUUGUGCAAUCAAGUUUCGAACCAUCAGAGCUCUGAAAGACAAGGAAGUCAGAAUCUAACAGAUGAUAUGAAGAAAACUUGCUCAGGUAUAUGGACAUUAGAUUUACCUCCAAAAAUUAAAACUUUCUGGUGGAGAACACUGCAUGAUGGAUUACCUGUAGCUGAGAACUUAAGGAAACGGAACAUAAAGGUAGAUACUACUUGUCAGAUGUGCGGAGAAUAUCCUGAAACACAGCUCCAUUUAUUGUUUCACUGCAAAGUGACAAAGGAAGUAUGGGGCCUAGUUCCUACAGGUUUUGGCCAGCUUGAUGGAGUUAGAGAUGAUAUCUAUCAGAACGUAAACGAACUUAUCUCAUUGGUAAAAAAGGACAAAAGAGAACUCCUUAAUUUCUUUAUUGGAUGGAGAGUUUGGAAGAAGAGAAACAACUUAAUCUUCCAACAGAAGAGAGACCACAUUGUGAAAGUAAUUCAUGAUGCAAUAAGAGAUCUUGGCCAAUGGGAGGAGGCAAAUUCUUCUCUCAAACAGCAGUGUGCAAGAGAGGAGAGACCAAAAGAAAAUCCCCUGCAAGCUCAGCACACAAUGCCAAUAAGUGCUCAAUAUUAUUGUCAGGUUGACGCUUCCUGGAGAAAUGAUGAAGAAGUAGCAGGUGUUGGUUGGUCCCUACAUAGCAUACAAGGCAACCAACUACUUCAAGGUUCUUCUUCCAUCCAUGCAACAAACACUCCAAGAGAAGCAGAGACAGAAGCAUUGCGCAUGGCAGUUAGACAGGUUAGAGCACUUGCUUUUAGUAAAGUUCACUUUAUAAGUGACUGUAAGUCCCUUAUGGAUGAGUUGGCUCAGCACUUAACAGGAGCAACCAUCGUCAAAGUCCGUAACACGGAGAGUUUCUCCAUGAUACAGGACAUUGUGGAAGCUUCCAAAGCAAAUGGCUAUACUUUUUCUUAUAUGUCUAGGAAUAGAUUAAGCUUAGUAGAUAAACUUGCCAAAAAUGCUAGAUGUAAUAAACAAAACUAUGUAAUAACUUGGGUUUAA